AUGUCGUCAGGUCCCAAUGGCGCCCGGCGCAUAGCGUCCCUGCUGCGCCCGUCAAAAUUCGACUCCGGCGUGUGCAAAAGCUGUCAAGAGACCCUCGGCCGCCGCACCUAUGCCUCUGCUGCGGCUGCGACCCCAUCAGCGACUGCUGCCCCUGACACUACUUUCCCCGUUUUGAAGCCCGUCUACACCAUCAACGCCGGCGUUGUCCUCUCGCGUCCGCCCCAGAUCACCCGCGACCUGGAGCCGUUCGAGAAAGCCUUCCAUUUCUACCAAAAGCGUCUGAACGAGCGUCUGGCGCUGCCUUUCACCAAAUACUUUUAUUUCAAGCGUGGAACGCCCGCCGACGUGGACUGGAAGAAGAAGGUCGCGGAGCGUCGGACCCCGGCACGCGACAUCGGAAAGUACAACGCGUACGCCACCGACGCAUGGAACGACGAGCUGCUCCUCGGGUCCAAGGAAUCCGAGCCGGAGUACCAGAUAGAGAAACUGGUUGAUGACGCCGAGUCCACAGCCAACGCCACCUCCCAAGAUACCAGCAAGAAGGAGGAGAUCCCGCGCCCAUUCUCGCGGGUGACGGAGGCCGACAAGAAGGGAGACUUCAAGAGCCUGAACCGUUUGCUUCCCAAGACUCUUUACUUGCUUGUUCAGUCGAAGGAGGGAUAUUGGAAGUUCCCUAGCUCUCCUGUGGUUGGAGAGGAAACCAUCCGUGAGGCCGCUGAACGUACCCUCGCCGAGUCCGCCGGUGUCAACAUGAACACCUGGAUGGUCGGCUACCAUCCCUACGGUCACCACGUCUACACAAACCGCAAGCCCCACAUCGACAAGGCCACCGGAGCCGAGUCCCACGGCGAGAAGACCUUCUUCAUGAAGACUCGCAUCAUGACCGGCCAAGCCGAUCUGUCCGCCAAUACCCAGAACCUGAAGGACUUCAAGUGGUUGUCCAAGGACGAGAUCGCGCAGCACGUGCUGCCGAAUUACUACAGCUACAUCAAGAACAUGUUGGCCGACCGGUAA